AUGGCUGACAGAGCCAUAGCAAUAUACGAAAGUUUCGAAGAUUCCUUGCAAUGCAGUCCAACUUUGUUAGAGAGGUCGUUUCACACGUUUUCGUUUGAUCGUUAUAUUCCCUUCCGACCGAAUUUAAACGUAGACCAUGCACAUUUGAAAGUAAUUUCUAGCAACAAGGGGAACCAAAAUGGCAGUGGAGUGCGUCGUCACAGUACACCCUGUCUGGGACAUAGUGAUGCCGAAAAUUACCAGAUUUACUUGAAUGCCGCUUUAGAAAACAAUAAUGAAAACGUGCUUCCAUUAACGACGAAAAACGGGAUUAAAAACCGAAGAAGCUCCGUCAGUUCCCCGCCAUGGCAAGUCGAUGUCGAUGACGUUUUUUUCUCAUCACCAAAACGAAAAAAGCGAAAGUUAAUUACAAGUCCGUCACGGGUCUUAGACAUGCCUGGCCUACGAGAUGACAUUUAUACCAAUAUAUUGGAUUGGAACUGCAGUAAUUACCUCGCUGUAACUCUGAAACAAACGGUGUACGUGUGGUGUGCCGAGAAGGGCACCUGUCGGCGGAUUCGCGUCAAUUUCUCCGAAUACGAGCGCGCGUUUCUAACAGCUUUGUCUUGGAACCUGAGCGGGAAAUCUUUAGCCGUUGGUACGAAUGGCGGCGAAGUACUGAAUUAUUGCCACUUCUGCCUUCACUCUCUGAGUAUUCGAUUUGAUUAA